UAUGUCUGACCAGCUGUAUGUUACGCAACGCUUUGUAUAUUCUGAGAAAAAGUAGCGGUAUCUUUUUAUCAACAGUACGCAUAACUGUUAAUUUUAAGGUGCGUAAAUAUAUUUGAGCUAUGUAAAUUUAUUGAUAAUUAACAUUUUUUAAUUCUAAUCAUUUCAAUUACUUUAUCAUGAAAAUAAAAUUAAAAACUACCAGCAGCCACCUCUCCACGACCACUGCACAGUCAGUGCACAGUUGAAACGUUUCGAUUAUCAUGUUAUUUCCAAAUAGGCCCUAUAAUAAAUAGCUUAAUUAAAGCUUGAAAAAUACACACUGUUAGUAGUAGUGUGGUAGUUGCUUAGUUAAAAAAUUAACCAUUAGUGCGACUUGCUAAAGGCUGUUAUUAGUAAUAUAAAUCAGUUUCAGUUAGGCUUAAGAAUUUAUGGCACUUAUUAAUAACUUAAUUUAUUUAAGGCUUAAUUUUAAUAGACUUGACUUAAGAAGUCAAACUAAGCAUUACUUAGACUAAGGAUUAGUCUUACUCUUAAUUAACUCUAGACCUAGGCAGACUAGUCUGCGACUAGGCUAGGUUUAAUUUUAAUUUUUUAAAGAAUAACAGUAUUACUUAAUAUACUGUAUACUUAACUUAAGUCUCUAUCAUAACUAUCCUACUAAAUUUUGAAACCACAUUGACAUUAUGUGGCACUUCACAUGACAUAGACUAUUACAAAUAAUAAUAAAAUGACCUACUAUUACUACUAUUAGCUAUUUACUGUUUGGUAACUAAAAUAACAUUAGGUCCAUGCUAUAACUAACUCAGUAAGUAACUAUUCAGACUCAGAAUAAAAUAAAGGCACGACAAUACCACAGGCCUUAAUUGUAAUUAAUAAUUAAUUAUGCUAAUACUAAUAUCUUUUAAUUGAUUAAUAAGUCAUAAGUUGCUUAGUAAAGUAACUGUAUAAAUUCUAUCAUCACUCACUCACCACUGACAAGUUACACUGACAGUGUCAUUACACUGACUCAUUACACUGACAGUGUCAGUGAGUUGACAGUAAUGACAGUGACUCAAAGGCGUAGCGAGGGGGGGAAGGGCGGACAGAUGUCAAAUCUUGUCCCUGGGCGCAAAUCGUGUCCCCGGGCGCCAAACACCCUCGCUACGCCUCUGCAGUGAGUCUCAGGUGUGUAUGAGUACACAAGGUCCAGUAGUAAAAUUGAGAUUGUAGACCAGUGCUGUCCAACUGUCCAACCUUUUUGACUACAUGAAAUCCUGAGAGCAACAAAAUGACAAUUCAAAAGAAAGAUUUAUUUUUAGAGCAUCAUUCAUAUUAUAAUUACUGCUUACCUGAUGCAUAAAGAAAUCCUACAGCAUUUUUGGCUCAUCAAGAAUUUAAAUAAAGUGAAAAAAAAUUGUAACCAUUUUUAAUUAACUUUUGGCUUUGAAUAGUACUUGCAAGAAAAAUGUGUCUUAAUUUGAGUUAUUUAUAUAUAUAAUUAAGAAGAUAUAUAUGCCUUCAUUGGAUUUUCUAAAUGUUCACCUGUCAAAGCAUUACAUCUUUAGGACUUGGUCUUAUUCAUUACAGAGAAUCCAGCUGCACUCAAGUAGGGUGCUUCCAAAAAACAUGGUCAAAAUUUUGUUGCAUUUUUUUAGCUGUAGAAAUCCAUCAGAAGGAACAUAUAUCAUCAAGCACUUGUGUAGACUGUAGCAGUCUAAAUUUAUUUUCACUCACUGAUCGGAAUCCUCCCUGUGGAAUUAAACUAUUAAUCAUUUGUACCAAUUGAUACAAAAAAUGUAUUGAGCCGCCAAUGUUCCUACUUAUAAAGACGUUGAAUAAAUUUAUUCUGUAAAGAAUAACAUAAUUGUAAGGCAUCUUUCCGUCUGCCGGAGACGAUAGAUUAUCUUUAUAGCUUGCAGCUCUUGGUGUGGCUGGUGAGACCAAUCCUCGAAUGGCAGUCUCUGUUACAUUUCCCACACACAAAUGCGGUGGAGCAGUAUUUACCGGCCUUCCUCCUCGCUCUUUUUGCAGCUGUUUCCGCCCUGUUUUGAUCCUCUGCAUUUAGUGAUCCUGCCUUCACGAUGCCCCGCCAUGAGGAUCGAUCCUCUGCCAGCUCUUCCCAGUUUGAGAUGUCGAUGUUGGCCGACUUCAUGUCUUUUUUGCAUAUGUCUAAGUAUCUCAGACAAGGCCGUCCAACUGACCUUUUCCCUGUCGCCAGCUCGCUGUAUAGCAUGUUCUUUGGUAUGCGACCAGGUUGCAUUCGCUUGACGUGUCCAAGCCAGCGGAGGCGUCUUUGGAUUAACAUGGCUGGGAUGCUACACAUGAUUGUUUGGGACAGGACAUCCGUGUUGGGGACUUUGUCUUGCCAUUUAAUGUCAAGGAUGUGGCGCAGGCAUCUGAGGUGGAAUCCAUUGAGCCUUCUUUCGUGUUUAGAGUAUGUGGUCCACGACUCGCAUCCAUACAGAAGUGUGCUCAGUACGCAGGCCUGGUACACCUGCAGCUUAGUUCUUGUUGUGAGUUUGGCGUUUGACCAGACUCUUUUCUUCAGUCUGGCCAUAACAGUUGCGGCCUUCCCUAUCCUCCCACUUAUCUCAUCCUCCAUUGAGAGGGUGCUCGAUAUGUUGGAUCCCAGAUAUGUGAAUCUGUCAACAGUAUCCAAGUCGUAGUCGUCGAUGGCGAUAGUGGGGAGGGAGUCAGCGCCCUGUGCCAUAAUGUUAGUUUUCUUUAGGCUAAUUGUCAGGCCAAACUCUUUGCAGGCAGUGGAUAGGCUGGAUACGAGGCUCUGCAGGCCGUCAGCUGUGUGAGCUACCAAAGCGGCAUCGUCCGCAAACAAGAACUCCCGCAGCAAGACCUUUCUUGUUUUAGUCUUAGCUCUAAGGCGGGCAAUGUUGAAUAAUUUGCCGUCAUCUCUAGUGUGGAUGUAUAUCCCCUCGCUGUUGUUCUGAAAGGCAUACUGGAGUAGGAUGGAGAAAAAGAUUGCAAAUAAAGUAGGAGCCAGCACGCAACCUUGCUUAACUCCACUACUCACUGGAAAAGCUUCUGAGGCGGCACCGUUAUAGCACACUGUGCCCAGCAUGCUUUCGUGGAACUGCUUGAUGAUGUUAAGCAGCCGUAUAGGGCAGCCUAUCUUUUUGAGGAUCUGAAACAGGCUGCUACAUAAUUAAUUUCAUGUUAUUAAUAAGGUUUGACCUAGGACUAAACACCAAGAUGUAUAAUCGUUCAAGUUUCUAUGAAUUUUCCCCACAAGGAAAUUCAAUACACACAAAUUCCACACAGACAAAUUCCCCACAAGAAGGUUGCGCUCACAGAAAAUUCUCCUCAUGUAAAAUUAAUGAAAUGAUACUCCCCACAUUUUGUGUGUGUGUGUGGUUUUUUUGUUGCUGCAACUGCAUUAGGGGGUCUAAAACUCAAAGAAAAUUAUAAUGGCCAGACUUAAAAGAAAAACAGAUAUUAUCCAUUUACAUUGCCUUUUCUUUUCAUUGUUAAAGAAUUUUUUUAGAUGGUUAAAAAAAAUCAUGACACUAUUUUUUCCAUCUGCAUCUUUUUAAAGAGAUUUUUUUUAACACUGUUGAAAUUUAAAUUUUAUUUAGGCAGGGUUCCCCAAACCAGAAAGUACUAAUUUUUCUCUGAUAAGAAACCAUUGUUUGUCACACAAAUCACCCUCAACAAAGAUGUCGGACGAUUCAUCCAGUGCUAAUGAUGUGCAAGAUGAAGAAAGUGACAAACAGAAGGAGGUUUCACCACCUGCUGACAAAAAAGAACAACCAAAGAAUACAGUCAAAAGAAAAGAAGAGGUGGACAGUAAAAGUAAACAACAAGAAAAGACUAAGGUAGAUAAACAGAAGAAAGCACAGGUUUUUUGUCUUAAAAUUAUUCAGAGCACUAGAGAUUUUCAGCAUUUUUUUUUCUAACAAUACUUAUAAUCUGUAGGAUGUUACAUUUUAGAUUUUGUCUUUGUUGAGAGAUUGCUUUUAUGUUAUUAAUUUGACUAUUGAUUAAAAAAUAAUUUUAAACAUUCUGGGCUACAGAAAAAUUCUUAAAAUACACAGAAUUUAGCCUUGGUGUAUUCAUAAGUUGUGCCUGUCAAGAAUAAAAUUAUUCUGUAAGAAAUGCAUUACAAACUCAAUUUUUUUAGUACUUUUUCUAAUUUAUUUAAGUUUUUUCAAGUUCUGAGUUUUUAUCUGCAGCACUGGUUAUAACUUAUAAAUCCUUCCCAACAUUUAGUCAGGAGAUUCUUCUAGUGGUAAAGAGGAGAAGAGACAAGAAAGAAAUGGCAAGAACAAAACUGUUAAAACUGCAAAUAGCAAGGAUGUCACCAAGAAAGCAGAGAAGAGAAAACAGGAUGCUGAAAUUAAAUCCAAACAACCGAAAAAGGCAAAGGUAGAAAAAAAGGAAAAAUCUCAGGUUAGUUUCUACCCAACUUCAUUGAUGUUUUUUUUUUUUUUUAAUCUCGGAAGAUACGUUUUUUUAAAAUAGCUGCAAAUUCUUACCAAAAAAUUUCCUUUUUUUUUUAUCCUUUCAUGUAAUAUUUUUAAAAUAAAAAGGAAAGUGGGGACCUUUAUUGCCUUGACCCACCCUAGCCUGGAAAUAAACAAAUCCAGUAUAAACCACGCAGGUUUAGAUGACGACAUACUUGAAGCUAAAUGAAAAUUUGUUACUAUCGUAAACAGGACUCAGAAAGUGCCAGUGAAAAAGAGGAGAUCAAAGAUACAGUGGACGAUAAGGAUGGUGAUUUCCUUCAGAAGAUUGUCAAAAGGCGACAAAAGGUCUGUGAGAACGUCUCCAAAUUUAAGUUCAAUAAAAAACGGGUCAAGGUGUUGUCGGAAACUCAGGAUUUUUCUGAAGACAGCAAUGGGGUUCUGUACUGGAUGUCUCGAGACCAGAGAAUACAAGGUAGGAAAUUUUGAUCACCAUCCUUUAAUUAUUGUAAUUUAAAAAAUAAAUUAUAGUUAAGUCCAAAUGAAGAAAAGCAAUACAAAGGAAAUUGAAUAACAAACACCAGUCAGCAUACCCCAUGACAAAUUAACACUUAAAAUGAGCAUAUAAAUGAGGCGGGAUCUCUGUAAUGUGACAGAGUCACUGUUAUGUGAUGGGGGCCAGUUUAUUAUUUUUUUAAAUAUAAUAUUAAUUGUCAUUCUGGCAAUAGUUUGUAUAGUAUUUGCAAAUAUAAAAAAAACACUGAUACAAAGCUGGAAAUAGAUUCUACAUAAAUUUCUCAGCUACAUCUUUAUAUGGUCUCUCAUUAGAACACUUUUCAGCCCAUUCACAAAAAUAUAUGCACCAGUAAUUAAACAUGAUUUCACAUUUGGUUUAUUUUUAUUAAAAAAUGUCCCUUUAUCACUAACAACAUCCUAGCACUUAAGAAUUAAGAAACUCCCAGAACAGGGGUGUCAAACUGGAUAAAACUACAUAACAAGAUGACACAACAUGCUAUCAUUGUUAAGCCUUGUCUUAAUCCGAUUCCUUUGUGUGUUUGGUUGACCACCAGUUUCUGAAUAUUAUUCUUUUUUUGCGUUUGGUAGAUCAGCAGUUUCCGAAUCCCACAUCAAGUUAGCUGACUUACAACUUAAGUUAAUAUGGUUUUUAAGAUUUAUUUAACAGGUUAUUAUUGAUACUUUCUAUUUCAAAUCUUAUAAUGAUUACAGAUAACUGGGCAUUUCUAUAUGCACAGAGACUAGCUAUGAAACUGGAGGUGCCUCUUCACGUCUGCUUCUGUCUAGUACCAAAGUUCCUUGAAGCCACAAUUCGCCAGUUUGGAUUUAUGAUGAAAGGGUUGGCGCUGGUAGAGAAAGUAAUGGUUCUUCUGUGACUUCAUUAUUUCCAAUUGUUUAUUUAAUUAGGAUAGUUGUGAGAUUGAUGAGUAUCUUUAUUUUGAUCAAAGUUUGUAUGUAUUGUAAAAUUUCUUUAAGGAAUAAUUAUUUUGUGUUUUUUUUGUUGUGGUUUUAGUUUUUCAGGGUGCCAUCUUUUAAAAACAAUAAUAAGAGAAUAAUAUUUCGGUAAUGCGAGCGAUCAUUAUUGCAUUUAAUUAGAUGAAAAUUUCACCAAAAUUGAAUCUACUUAACUUUAUUUUAGAGGACUUUUGUAAAAAUCUGCUUACAGGAGGCCUGUGCGUUGUGAAUUAAGGCUUGAUUCAAGCUGUCUUGUCACAGAUGGGCACUUCUGAUUGUUUGAUUCAAUGAAUGUUAAUGAAAUGUAGGUUAUUUUUCAAGUUGAAAAGAAUAGUUCUCUAGAUAAAAAGUCAUGGGACUUUUUAUUUUAAGACUUCAAAUGAAACUUAAACAAAUUUAAAAAAAUGUGUCACAUUUUCAUGAGAUAUUUUUAUUUUCUUUUGUAGGAAUGCAGAGACUUAAAUAUUCCAUUUCAUCUUGUCCUGGGGGAAGCCAGCAAAUCUAUUCCCGCCUUUUUAAAGGAGCAUAAUAUUGGAGGAGUUGUCACUGAUUUUUCUCCACUUCGUAUCCCCAUGAAAUGGGUGGAUGACCUAAAGAAAGCUCUGCCUAAAGACAUACCUUUUUGUCAGGUAAUUACAAACACUCGGAGACAUACCUUUUUGUUAGGUGCCGGUAAUACAAACACCUUAAGCUAACCACUGGUGUGAAACACAAAGAUCUAAAGAUACAUAUUUAAGAGACAACUAAUAUUUGUCUUUCAUUUUAUUUUUCAAAGUACUUUGUCACAGUACUUUAAUUGGAAGUUUUGUUGUUGACUAUAGUAAAAAAAAAAUGAUAAUUUCUUUAAAUCUAAUGUUAAAAGAUGUCAUUAAAAUAUAGCAUAUUUUAAAAGCCGUCGUUCAUAUAUUUUUGACAUAUUACAUGGUGAAGUCAUGUGCCCAAAUGCUUUUCUUUAUGUGUUGAAUGAUUUUAUAUAUUCAUUGUUUAUCCAUUACUGCCAAAUGGUCAAGAAAGCCGUGUUAUUGAUUGCCUCGAUGAACACAAAGGAUAUGAAAGGGCUUAAUUUACCUUUCUGUAACUUUGUAUUUUUUCAGGUAGAUGCACACAAUAUUGUGCCGUGCUGGGAAGCUUCCCCAAAACUUGAAUAUGGUGCGAGAACCAUACGAAGCAAGAUCAACAAACAGCUUGGGGAGUACCUGACAGAGUUCCCGCCCCUUGUGAAGCACCCACAUGCCCCAAAGCAGAUGCCUAAAGUAAGGAACAUUUCUUGUUGUCCCACCUUAUUUACAUUUUAAAAACAGGAAGAAAUAAAAAUUACUUUAGAAAAAGUUUUAUUAUUUAAAUAGGUUAGUAUAGAGUAGUGGUACUACAACUAGUUUUGUUGUUUUUUUCCUGAGCAAGAGGUGGAAUUUUUGUAAUAAUUGUUAGUGAGGAUUUCAGGGAGGCAGCUACAUCAUUUCCUUGUAACUAUGUUAAAAAUAAAUAUAUAAAAAAGAAAAUCCUUAAACGUUUAGAUAUGACUGCUAAAAUUUUUGAUCCUCUGCAACGAUCUGGGACUUUUUCUAAAGUAAUUUUUAUUUCUUCCUUAAAUUUUCAUACAAAUUAGCUGCCCAUUUAAGCUUUUAUUUGUUUAUACACAUUACUUAAAAAAAAAAAAAAAAAAUAAAAUACUCUAAAGAAAUAAGUCAAUAGAACAAUAUGGUAUUUUUUGAAAGUAAAUUUUAUUUUUUCCUUAAAAUUUCAUACAAAUUAGCUGCCCAUUUAAGUUUUUUUUUUUUUAUAAAAAAUAAUUAAAAAAAAAAAAAAAAAAAUUGAAAUUCUCUAAAGUAAUAAGUCAAUAGGUCAAUACGCCUAUGUCUAAGUACUAAUAUCAUUUUUUUUUACAAAAAAAAAAAAGCGGUGUCAGGGUAAAAGUAAACGCCAAAUACAAUUAACAUAAGAUUCAUAAAAAUGUAUAAAAUAUGAGAUAGAAAAUAUUAAAAUAGAAGAGGCGAAUUUUUCUGUAACCAUGCUAGUAAACAAUUGGCUUAAAGCUGUCAUCAUUAGCACCACUGUAAGCUGUUCAGCUUAUAAACCCAUAAAACAAAACAGCUGCAUCUGACUAGUCCACACAAAAAUGUCAGCUGGUGAUAUAAACAAAUGAGAUAUGAUCUGAAACGCUCAGUACUGUGCUCCAACUCUUUAUUUUUGAUUGGGAAACGUGAAGUGUAAAUUUGAUGUAGUGAAUGAGUUAAAGUUGUUUGUGAUGGAUGAUAAGUUGAAAGCCUCAGUUUUGAUACAAAUUAUGCCCCCUAAAUGCUCUGAGCAUCCCUGGGGGUGCGGGGGUUGUUUGUGGGGGGGGGGGCAUGGGGUUUGUCAGUUUAUGUGAUUUCCAGGCUUAGUCACCAUGUAUUAAGCUUUUGAUUUUUUUCUUUUAUCCAAUCAGGAAACUGAUUGGGUUAAAGCAGACGGUUCCCUUGAAAUUGACAGAAAUGUUAAAGAAGUGGCUUGGGCCCAGCCAGGCACGGAGGCUGGCUUAAGGAUGCUGGAAUCAUUUUGUGAGAAGAGGCUCAAAUACUUUGGCACAGACAGGAAUGAUCCCAACAAGCAGGCGUUGAGCAACCUGUCCCCAUGGUUUCACUUUGGUAAUUUGUAGUAGUGAUCUGCCUCCCCAAUGAAAAUAUUUGUUUUAUUUCCUGAUAUAAUAGUAUUGUAGGACACAACUUGAAAUCUAUUAUUAUUCUAUCUGACGUAGAAAAAUUUCCUGUUUUAGUCAAUUAUGAAGCCUACUAAUACUAAUAUCAAUACAAUUAUUUUGAACAAAAAUUAAUGUACCUAGUUUAAAUAUUGAUGUUAAAUCUAACUAGUGUAAUUUGUUUAUGUAUUGUUCACUAACCAAAAAACACAACCCUGAUAAAUACUUUAUAUAAUAAACACUAUUUUAUAUAAUUUACACAAUUUGAAAUGCAUCUUUGUGUGAUUUAUUGUUACACGUGACUCAACAUUAAUAUUUAAAAAAUUGACUGGCUAUAACAGAUAAAUAUAAUUCUAUCACAGGUCAGAUUUCCGUCCAGCGCUGUAUAUUGACAGUUCGGUUGUAUCGCAGCAAAUCUUCAGAAAGUGUGAAUGCCUUUAUCGAAGAGGCAGUUGUUCGGAGGGAGCUGGCAGACAAUUUCUGCUUCUACAACCCAGACUAUGACGCUAUUAAAGGUUUGUUGCCUUCUACAGAGUCACUUUUUUUUUAAAAUCCAAUUUUUCAGUCCGCAGAUCAAUUGUGUGAGCCCCGAGGACAAGUGAAAAUUUCUUUAGAUGGGCAGAAAGUGGUUUCCUGUUUGUUUUGAUUAAGUUAUGAAAAUAGCUCACCUAGUACUAAUUUUUUCACAUCAGGAACCAAUGAUUGGGCCAAGAAAAGCCUUGAUCUGCACAGAAAAGACAAGCGUCCCUAUUUGUACAGCAGAGAACAGCUGGAAAACAGCAAGACCCAUGACGAUUUAUGGAAUGCUGCACAAGUAAAUAUAUUUAUGAAAAAGUUGCUGAGGGAAAAUUCAUUUCAUUUAUAAAUGAUCAUUUUGACAAAUGAAGCUGACAUUUUUGCUAGAAUUUUUAUAAUCCCCAGAACUAUGGAUAUAAUGGUUACUGUGGUAUUAGGAUAAAUACAGUAGUUCUAGUUUGUAAAUAAUUUAAUAUUUCAGAACAAAAUUAUUUCCAAUGGUUAUUCACCAAAAAAAAAACACGUAAUAACAUAAAUUUGUUAGGAGACACUUAAAAACCUAAAACAAAGUUUUAAAACUUUUGGUUUAAGCAUGUGACAGAAAAUGUACUUUCCACUAAUGUAAUUUUUAAAAUACUUUUACAUUAUAUGGGAAGCCAAAGUUCAGCUGUUCUCAACCUGUAGGUCGCGACCCCUUUCCCAAGACCAUCGGAAAACACAUAUACUCUACAGUUAUGAAGUAGCAACGAAAAUGAUUUUGUGAUUGGGGGUGGCCACAAGGUGAGGAACUGUAUUAAAGGUUCGCGGCAUUAAAAAGGUUGAGAACCACUGCCCUAGAUGUUCAUAUAUUAUAAAGGGGGGAAAAAUUAGUUUUUUCAAAAAUGCCUUUUGAGAGUUGCAUCAGAAUUUUAGUUCAAAUUUAAAAUUUGAAUAAUUUUAUUCUCUGCUGCUGUCAAUCAUCACACCCGCUGUCAAUCAUCACACCCGCUGUCAAUCAUCACACCUACUGACAAUCAUCACACCUCCUGCAGAUCCAGCUGGUCACAGAAGGGAAAAUGCAUGGCUUCCUGCGUAUGUACUGGGCCAAGAAAAUUCUGGAAUGGACCAAGUCACCAGAAGAUGCCCUGGCCGACGCUAUUUACCUGAAUGACAAGUACAACUUGGAUGGCCGAGACCCCAAUGGCUAUGUUGGUAAGUAGGUCAAAAUUACAUGAUGGUUCCUGUGACAGUUCUUAUUUUAUCUGUAGAUACAAUCGAGCAUUUAUCUGUAGAUACAAUAGAGCAGUGGUCGACAAAUCGCGGCUAUUGAUGACCCGAGUGCGGCUCGGCCAGUCGACCACAGAUUGGUUGUGACUCCCAAAAACAUGGUUCUUGACAAGUUCUUGAAAAGAAAUUUGGCUCUCAAAAAUUUUUUUUAUCGUCCUGCUGCUGAUUUUUGGCUUUUUUGACUGAGUGUGUCGACCACUGUAAUAGAGCAUUUAUCUGUAGAUACAAUCAUUUAUCUUUAGAUACAAUAGAGCAUAUAUGAAAAUGUAUUAAAGCAAUAGAUGUUAAUGCCCUUCUGGGGAUAUUUUUGGUGAUACUAUUUGAUUGAUAAUAAUAUCAAGAGUUAAGAGACUUUGAUAAAUUAGAAAUUCAUAAAAGUCGAAGUCCUGUGUCAAAAAACAUCAAUAUUUGAACACUAUCCAGAACAAGAUGUUUUUGGCCUGUUUAGGUUGUUUUUGUUGUUUUUUCUUGCUGUGAAUGGUUCACCUUAUAAACAGGAUGUUUCAUCAGAUGCAGCCAGGUUAAUUGACUUUCAGAAGAAAAUAAUUAAAAGUAAUCAGUAACAGAGGUUGAUUGUAGAAAGUUUGGAGUGCAAUUUUUGUUUCUCCUCUUUUCUCACCACAUAUGUUUUUUCACAACAGGCUGUAUGUGGUCAAUAUGUGGCAUCCAUGACCAAGGCUGGGCGGAGAGAGCCGUGUUUGGAAAGAUUCGGUACAUGAACUAUCAAGGUUGCAAGCGGAAGUUUGAUGUGGCUGCUUUUGCCAGGAAGUACAGUAAAAAGUCUCUGAACAAAUGAAAUAGUUUUGCCAUGGACCGAUGAGGCCAGUGAACAAAUGAAAUAGGUUGGUCAUUGACCGAUGUGCCCAAAGGCUUGUGUACAAAAGAAUCCUGUAAAAUGGGCUUGAACAAAUGAACCCAUGGAAUAAAGUGAGUUCAUUGAAGUUGACGAGCUUGUUGAUGUCACUAGUUUGGCAAUUUUUUUAAAUUAUAGUGAGGCUUCUUCUUUUAGUUUGAUUUGUCAAGUUGCUGGAGCUGAAACGAAUUCCAAGUUGUCGUGACACAACUUUUGUUCAAGGGGCACAACCCUGUGACCAGGGACACAAAUCCUGUUCCAGGGAUGCAGCUCUUGGUGCAAGCUAAACAAUGGCUUUUAAAUGGCAAUUCAGAGUAGACUUACUGUUGUCAGAGCUAGAGCUUGAGAGACUUUGGCUUAUUCCUGUCACGGUCCAGAUCUUCUAACCCCUAUUAUGAUUCUUUGUCUCUGAUUCAAACUGUUAAAUAUUUCUUGAGCUGGGAGUGAGUGGUGGCUCUGGCAGACCUUGGCAGGCCUUUAGAACGCAUUCAGCAAAGCUCCUAUAAAACAUAUUAUUCUUGGAAUUACUUCAUAAAAUGUUAUUGAGUCAAAAUAAGCUUUUGGUUAAUGGAUGAAAACCAGACAAACAGUUAGGGUAAGACAAAUCCGUCUGUGUGUAAUCAUAUAAUAACUUAAAAGCAAACCAUUUGUCUAUCAUCUUCUUAUUAUUAUUAUUAAGAUAAGAAAGUUGAAUAAUUAAUUAUUGAAUACAAAAUGACAUUUACAUUUGUCCAUUUUUAAAUUUAAUUUUACAUUGACCGCCUAUAAAUUACUAAAAAGUGUAAAAGUGCAUUCAUUCAGACUUGAUAGAUAUAAAAGUGCAUUCAUUUAAGAAUUGAUAAAUAUAAAAGUGCAUUUAUGAAGACUUGAUAGAUAUAAAAGUGCAUUAUUUAGACUUGAUAGAUAUAAAAGUGCAUUCACUAAGGUUUGAUAGAUAUAAUAAUAGUGCAUUCAUUAAGGCUUGAUAGAUUCUCACAUUCAUGUCAAUAUAAAAAAAAAUUAAAUGGCUUUUAUUAUUUUUUGUUUCCUUUGCUUCAAAUUAGCAUUUGUAUUUAUUAGGGCUGACCCAGGUGCAGUUUUUUACUCCCGGUCCUGGUAUUUUGAGACAAUACCCAGCAGCAGACCUGUUUACUCUUACGAUUUUGGCAUUCAAUAUAUGAUUUGGAGGUGUAUACAUUAUAUACUGUAUGUUUAUUUUUUUUACGAUUAAGAUAAUGUAUUGAAUGAUUUUGUGAUGAUGUUGUAUGAUUUUAAGAGUUUGAGGGUAAACAGAUCUGCAGCAGGUUUCAGUACGGGUCCUAAAAAAGAAAAAUAGUUGUCUUCUCAUUUACUAUAAUGUAUCCCACCCAAUGAGUGAAGUGAAAGGUGCAUGUAUAGAACCGGUAGCCAUCACAUCGUGAUCGUGAAGACAUCAGAGUUGAAGGCUUCAAAACGCUAAUAGCUUACUAAUAUAAUCCUAACCCAGGGGUUCUCAAGCUUUGUACUGCCACAAACUCCUUUAUAACAUUUACCAAGUUGCAGAGACCCACAACCAGAAUUAUACCUUGAAAUUGAGAAACAGGUGUUGAGAAGGCAGGAGGGUGGGGUAGAGUUGUUGUUUUUUUUAGAUAAAAAAAUGUUUUGUUUACUGUCAUUUUAGUAUUGUAGUUGCAUGUUUUAUAUGUUAUUCAACACUGUAUUAGUAUUAGCAAAAAAUAGUAUUUUCUUAAAUUGUUUUAUUUCUAAUAUUUUUUUAUGAAUGUUUUUUUAAAAGAAUAAGCGUUGUUUUCAUCAACAUAGAAUAAUGUUUAUUUCAGAGCCACUUGACUGAAUCUCCUCUGUAUUAUUCAAAUGCAGCACAUUUUAAAAAAAAAUUUAAAUGUUGUUUAUAAUAA